CCAGCGGCGGCCGCGAGAAGAGGAGCGGAGUCGGCGCUAGCGGGUCGCUCGAAAGGAGCUGCGCGUUCCUCCGGGUGGUUGUAAGAAGGAAAGGCACGCAGCGACCCCGUCUCCUCCUCCUCCUCCUCCUCCUCUCUGCCUAAAAGCAGGAAAGCGAAGCUUCAGGGGCGCCCUUUUGUGGUUUUUUUUUUCUUUUCUUUCCCCUCCCUCUUUCCUUCCCUCCCUCCGUCCCUGUCCCGGCGAAGCCACGAGAUGGGAGUUUUCCAGGUGUCUUUUGGCUGUUUCCUAGGUCUCUGGGCCAUUGUAGCGGGUCAAGGACCAGAAUACAGCUACGGAUGUGCGGAAGGCAGCUGUUAUCCGGCUACAGGAGACUUGCUGAUUGGCCGAGCCAACAAGCUGAUAGCCUCCUCCACCUGUGGCCUUCACAAACCUGAACCAUUCUGCAUUGUGAGCCACCUCCAGGAGGACAAGAAAUGUUUUACGUGCGAUUCACGCGAUCCGUUCCACGAGACCUUGAAUCCGGACAACCAUCGUAUUGAAAACGUGGUGACCGCUUUUGCUCCCAAUCGCCUGAAGCUGUGGUGGCAAUCAGAAAACGGAGUAGAAAACGUGACUGUCCAAUUGGAUCUAGAGGCGGAAUUCCAUUUUACCCACCUCAUUAUGACCUUCAAGACCUUCCGUCCUUCUGCCAUGUUAAUUGAAAGAUCAUCCGAUUUCGGCAAAACGUGGCAAGUCUACCGUUAUUUUGCCUACGACUGUGAGAAUUCGUUCCCAGGCGUCUCCACUGGACCCAUGAAGAAAGUCGACGACAUUAUUUGUGAUUCCCGCUAUUCUGACAUUGAACCUUCCACCGAGGGAGAGGUCAUUUACCGAGCUUUGGAUCCUGCUUUUCGAAUAGAAGACCCCUACAGCCCACGGAUUCAAAAUAUGUUAAAGAUUACAAAUUUAAGAAUCCAAUUUGCCAAACUGCACACCCUGGGAGAUAAUCUUCUGGAUUCAAGGAUGGAGAUCAGAGAAAAGUAUUAUUAUGCUAUUUACGACAUGGUGGUCCGCGGGAACUGCUUCUGUUACGGACACGCCAGUGAAUGCGCCCCGGUGCAUGGCUAUGAAGAAGAGGUGGAAGGAAUGGUCCACGGCCACUGCAUGUGUCGGCACAACACCAAAGGCUUAAACUGUGAGCAGUGCUUGGAUUUUUACCAUGAUUUGCCAUGGCGUCCCGCCGAAGGCCGUAACAGCAACGCCUGCAAAAAGUGCAAUUGCAACGAGCAUUCCGUGCAGUGCCAUUUCGAUAUGGCUGUUUACUUAGCGACUGGAAACACCAGCGGUGGGGUGUGUGACGAUUGUCAACAUAACACGGUGGGGCACAAUUGUGAGCAGUGCAAGCCCUUCUACUUCCAACAUCCGGAGAGGGAUGUCCGCGAUCCGCAUAUUUGUGAACCGUGUAACUGCGACCCCGUCGGGUCUCAAAAUGGCGGAAUUUGUGAUCGUUACACCGACUACUCAGCUGGCCUCAUCGCAGGACAGUGUCGCUGCAAAUUCUUUGUGGAAGGGGAACGUUGUGACACCUGCAAAGAAGGAUUUUAUGGAUUAAGCAUAGACGACCCUCUCGGCUGUCAGUCUUGUGCUUGCAAUCCAUUGGGCACGCAUCCCGGAGGGAAUCCUUGUGACUCCGAGACAGGAAACUGCUACUGUAAACGUCUGGUUACCGGAAGGCAGUGCGAUCAAUGUCUGCCUGAAAACUGGGGACUGAGCAAUGAUAUGGAUGGGUGUCGCCCCUGUGAUUGUGACCAAGGUGGUUCACUCAACAAUAACUGCUCAAGUGAAACUGGCCAAUGCCAGUGCAGGCCGCAUCUGAUUGGCCGCCAGUGCCAGGAAGUGGAACCCGGAUAUUUUUUCAUAUCUUUAGAUCAUUAUGUCUAUGAAGCGGAGGACGCCAGCUUUGGCCCUGGCGUGAGUUUGGUUGAGCGCCUCUAUUCUCAAGAUCGCGUACCUUCCUGGACUGGAAUAGGGUUUGUGAGAGUGCCUGAAGGAGCCUAUUUAGAAUUCUACAUAGACAAUAUCCCGUUUUCGAUGGAAUACGAUGUUCUCAUUCGAUAUGAGCCUCAGUUACCAGAUCAGUGGGAGAAAGCUACCAUCAGCGUGUAUCGCCCGGGCCAAAUUCCUCCUAGUAGUAGAUGUGGCAAUACUGUUCCUGACGAUGACGAUCAAGAGGUAUCUUUAUCUCCCGGUUCCAGGUAUGCCGUCCUUCCACGCCCCGUAUGCUUCGAAAAAGGCCUGAAUUACACCGUUCGGUUGGAGCUGCCGCAGUACUCCUUGAACUCUGAGGUGGAAAAUCCGUACACGCUCAUCGAUUCACUUGUCCUCAUGCCCUAUUGCAAGUCCCUGGACCUCUUCACGGUUGGAGGCCGAGGUGACGACGUGACAACCAACAGCGCGUGGGAAACCUUUCAAAGAUACCGUUGCCUGGAGAACAGCAGGAGCGUUGUCAAAACCCCCAUGACGGAUGUUUGCCGGAAUAUAAUUUUUAGCAUCUCAGCCCUGUUGCACGAAACCGCAUUGGCUUGCCAGUGUGACCCACAAGGUUCGCUGAGUUCGGUGUGCGAUCCCAACGGAGGCCAUUGUCAGUGUCGACCAAAUGUGGUUGGCCGAAGAUGCGAUAAAUGCGCCCCGGGCACCUUUGGCUUUGAACCCACUGGAUGCAAACCCUGCGAGUGUCACGUCCAAGCGUCUGCAAACGCCUUCUGCCACCCGGAGACCGGGCAGUGCCAUUGUUUCCACGGAGUUUACGGCCGUCAGUGCGACAGAUGUUUGCCCGGAUACUGGGGGUUCCCAAGCUGCCAGCCCUGUCAGUGCAACGGUCACGCGGACGAGUGCGAUCCCUACAGUGGCCAGUGCUUGCAUUGUCGUGAUCACACCUCAGGCCCCAACUGUGAGAGGUGCCUUGCUGGUUAUUAUGGAGAUCCAGUCUUGGGAUCAGGGGAUCACUGCCGUCCUUGCCCGUGCCCAGACGGUCCGGAAAGUGGGCGCCAGUUUGCCAGUGGCUGUUAUCAAGACCGGAUUACGUUACAAGUGGUGUGCAUUUGCGAGAGAGGAUAUAAAGGAAGUCGAUGCGAUGAAUGUUCCUCUGGCUUCUUUGGAAACCCCGAAGAGAUUGGUGGGACUUGCCAGCCCUGCCAGUGUCACAACAACAUCGAUUCCUCUGAUCCAGAGGCCUGUGACAAGAGGACAGGCUUGUGCCUCAAGUGUUUGUUUCACACCCAGGGCCAACACUGCCAAGAGUGUAAACCUGGCUACUACGGAUGGGCUCUCCAGCAAGAUUGCAGAAAGUGUGUCUGCAAUUACCUGGGGACGGUGCGCCAGCGCUGCAGCGGCGCCGAAGACUGUGAGUGUGAGAGAGAAACGGGCCAGUGUCAAUGUCUCCCUAACGUGGUCGGGCAGAAUUGUGAUCACUGCGCUCCAAACACGUGGCAACUCAGCAGCGGGACCGGAUGCGAACCCUGCGCCUGUAAUCUGGAGCAUUCCUUCGGCCCGUCUUGCAACGAGUUCACCGGGCAGUGCCAGUGUAUGCCAGGAUUCGGGGGACGCACCUGUACGGAAUGUCAAGAAUAUUUCUGGGGUGACCCUAUUGUGGGCUGUCAAGCUUGUGAGUGUGAUUCACGAGGCAUCCAGACUCUUCAGUGUAACCGGUCCAGUGGCCAGUGUAUCUGUAAGGAAGGCGUGGAAGGAUCCCGUUGUGAUAAAUGCACCCGGGGCUAUGCCGGAACGUUUCCAGACUGUGCUCCUUGUCACCAAUGCUUUGCUCUCUGGGAUAUCAUCGUCAGUGAGUUGGCCAACAAGACCCAGAGAUUCCUGGAAAGAGCCAAAGCGCUGAAGAUCGCAGGGGUGAGCGGCCCUUACCAAGAGACCCUCCACUCGGUGCAGGAAAAGCUGAACGAGAUCCAAAGCAUCAUUGCUCAAAAUCCGGCUACCGAGCCUCUUCAGAACAUCGGCGACCUCUUGGAGGAAGCAGAGAAGCUGAAAACAGAUGUGGCCAAAAAGAUAACGGACGUCGAAGAAAAGCUGUCUGCCGUGGCAAACGACAGCAGCGCCGUGGAGGCUGAACUGCGGGCUUUAGAGGCAGAUGCGAAGAGUUUGCACAAUGCUGUGAAGGAACUUGCCGAACAGCUGGAGUUCAUAAAGAUCUCCGAUGUCCGAGGCGCCCUGGACAGCAUCACCAAAUAUUUCCAGAUGUCGCUGGAUGCAGAAAAGAGAGCCAAUGCCUCCGUUUUGCUUCCCGGAAGCCUUGUUGAGCAGUCCGCCGAAAUGCGCCUGGAAGUGGAGAGCCUGAUUAACGAUACCGAGGCCAUGUUCAAGUCUACUCAGGAAGAGCAGUCCCGCCUCUUGGAUGAGCUAGCAGGCAAGCUGCAAAGUCUGGACUUGGCUGAAGUGUCGGAGAAGGUGUGCGGGACUCCUCCGGGGGCUUCCUGUGUCGAUUCCCCCUGUGGCGGGUUGAGUUGCCACACUGAAGAUGGGACGAAGCAUUGCGGAGGGCCCGGGUGCGAAGGCCUGGUGACGGUGGCCCACACCGCCUGGCAGAAAGCCAUCGAUUUCGAUCGAGACAUCUUGAGUGCUCUGGCGGAGGUGGAGCAGCUCUCCAAAAUGGUUUCGGAAGCCAAAGAAAGAGCCGAUGAAGCCAGGCAGAACGCCCAAGACGUCUUGCUGAAGACCAAUGCCACCAAGCAACAGGUAGACAGGAGCAACGAGGAUCUCAGAAAACUUAUUCAGCAGAUCAGAAUGUUUUUAACGAAAGAGGGUGCUGAUCUUGAUAGCAUCGAAGCCGUCGCUAAUGAAGUUCUCAACCUGGAGAUGCCCAGCACACCUGAACAGCUGCAAACCCUGGCAGACAGCAUUCGCGACCGUGUGGAAAGCCUGUCUGAUGUGGAGACCGUCCUUCAGCAGAGCGCUGGAGAUAUCGCAAGGGCGAAGGCGUUGUUAGACGAAGCUAAGAAAGCCAGCAAAAGCGCGACGGAUGUGAAAGUCACGGCGGAUAUGGUCAGAGAGGCACUAGAAGAAGCUGGCAGAGCCCAAACAACAGCUGGAGAUGCCAUCAAACUGGCAGAGAAAGAUAUUGAAGGAACGCAAGGCUUGCUUGCCUCUAUUGCCUCCGAAACUGGCUCCGUGGAAGACCGUUUGGGGAACGCGACCUUGCGCAUGGCAGAACUGGAGAAGAACGUGGAAAUGCUUAGAGAGAAGGCAGCCACCAAUGCAGAGGAUAUAAAAGCCGCGGAAGAAAACAUCGCGGUGGUUAAUCGAACCACAGCAGACGUUCAAAAAAUACUAGAUGACAGUGUGAAUGAGAAAUACAAAACGGUAGAAAACUUAAUUGCCAAGAAAACAGGGGAGUCUGCAAAUGCGAGGAAGAAAGCAGAGGAGCUGCAAAACGAAGCCAAAAUUUUGCUAGAGCAAGCAAACAGCAAACUGCAGCUUCUCAGAGAACUGGAAGACACGUAUGAAAAAAAUCAGAAAAUCCUGGAAGAGAAAGCUAAACAAGUAAUGGAACUGGAGGAGACCGUCCGAGGCCUCUUGCAAGCCAUUAGUCAAAAAGUCGCCAUUUACAGCACCUGCUAGAAACUGGAAAAGGGAACAGAGAAGGGAAAAAGAAAAUCAAAAUACAUUUCAUUGGAUGACAGGUCUUAACCCGAUACUGGAACCUGUCGUGAUCUGACCAACAUUUUUCUUGUUUUGUAAAAUAAAAUGCUACUUUGUAACCAAGCAUAUGCCUCAUUUAACCCUAGUUAGCCUCAUUCCAAUGUUAAUUACUUUUUUUUAUUAUCCGAAAUAGUAAUUAACCCUUUUGAAUUCUGCUAAUAAAAUCCUACCAUCAAACGUG